UUCUCGAAACGAUAUCUUGCUGAGGCACAGAAGAAUUCACAGAUAUGAGCGGCCUUUUUCUUGUGGGACUUGUGGAAAGAGUUACAGUAACAGAGGGACUUUAACUCAUCACAUGAGAAUUCACACAGGUGAGAAGCCUUUCUCCUGUGGGUCUUGUGGAAGAAGUUUCUCCCUAAAAACUAAUUUAAAUGUUCACAUGAGAAUUCACACAGGUGAGAAGCCUUUCUCAUGUAGGACCUGUGGAAAGAGUUACAGUGAAAGAGGGCCUUUAACUCGGCACAUUAGAAUUCACACAAGUGAGAAGCCCUUCUCAUGUGAGACCUGUGGAAAGAGUUUCUCUCGAAAGGACGCUCUAAAUGUCCACAUGAUAACUCACACAGAUGAGAAGCCUUUCUCUUGUGGGUCUUGUGGAAGAAGUUUCUCUCAAAAAACUUAUUUAAAUGCUCACAUGAGAAUUCACACAGGUGAGAAGCCUUUCUCUUGUGGGAUCUGUGGAAAAAGUUACAGUAAAAAAUGGACUUUAACUCAUCACAUGAGAAUUCACACAGGUGAGAAGCCUUUCUCUUGUGGGAUCUGUGGAAAAAGUUACAGUAAAAAAUGGACUUUAACUCAUCACAUGAGAAUUCACACAGGUGAGAAGCCUUUCUUCUGUGGAUCCUGUGGAAAGAGUUUCUCUCGAAAGGACUUUCUAAAUGUCCACAUGAUAACUCACACAGAUGAGAAGCCUUUCUCUUGUGGGACUUGUGGAAGAAGUUUCUCUCAAAAAACUCAUUUAAAUGUUCACAUGAGAAUUCACACAGGUGGGAAGCCUUUCUCUUGUGGGUCUUGUGGAAGAAGUUUCUCUCAAAAAGGUUCUUUAAAUGUUCACAUGAGAAUUCACACGGGUGAGAGGCCUUUCUCUUGUGGGACUUGUGGAAAACGUUUCUCUCAAAAAGGUGAUUUAAAUGUUCACAUGAGAAUUCACACGGGUGAGAAGCCUUUCUCAUGUGGGAGCUGUGGAAAAAGUUACAGUAACAGAAGUUAUUUAUCUCGUCACAUGAAGACUCACUCUGAUGAGAAGCCAUAGGUCCAAAACAGAUCCGAUCCUAUUUGGCAUCUAAUCUUAUGGAAAAUCUGGUCAGAUGAUGUAAACAGCAAGUUGAACAUAUUAAAGUCAACAGAUUCUUCCAGGCUGCUAGUGAUUCACUGUGAUUGUGUCUUUCACUGUCUGACCAACAUAAACCUGAGGUCUUCUUUUGCCUAGCAGCUUGUUUUCCUUAAUCCAGUUUUUUGUUUUAAUUCUCAGUCGUAUUUGUACUUAAGAUCCCCAUCAGUAUCCCAUUAGAUACUGAAGUUAAAGAGGGGAACACAUUCAGACAGGAUUAAUUUCUGUGCAUUUCAGUUUUCAUGGAGUUCUGUACCAUGUAGAAUAAUUGAGUUUAGUUUUUAU